AUGCGUAGAACGACGUCUUCCGUCUUCCGGCCACUUUUGACGUUUUUCACGGUUUGCGCAAUUUGCAUCAUUUUCGAUUCGAGUCAAUUCCAAGUUAGUGCACAGUAUUUUCAAACGAAAAAACGUUUGAGAACUUCAGAAGUGCCAAAAAAUCGCCAUAGUGACAAUUAUAACAAACAGCACACCUGUGACGGACUAUCAAGUUGCCUUAGGUAACUUUAUUUUAGGUUCUACCGUAGUAUCAAAUUCAGAUUCUGUCAAAUGUUACGCUCAGACUCAAAACUACGAAUUUCUCGUUUUAAUCGAUUCGGAUUACAGUCAGUUUUGCCACCAGACACAUGUAAAGUUUCCAAAACAUUUUUAGGCCAAAGUGAUUUUGUUUUCAAACUCAGAAAUUCUUUCUCCGCCACUGUGUGGUCGCUCAAAUUCUGCCGCGAUACGAUGCGAUUCUGUUUUUGGACGCCGAUCACGGAGUCGUGAACCCGAAAGUUCGGAUCGAAAAGUUUAUGGAUCCGGCGGUCGAUCUCACUUUUUACGAUCGAUUCUUCGAUUGGGAAGUCAUGGCCGGCAGUUAUAUUGUGGCAAAUACACUGUUUUCGAGGCACUUUUUGCGGUGUACGUUAACAGAAUAUCAAAUUUAAUUGCACUUUCCGUUCUUCGCAGAUUGGUCGGAUUUCGAAUCGAAAAUGCCGCGCGUCAAACACGGAUCCGACAAUGCCGCUCUUCACGUAACUUCCCCGCUCAAAAAAAUCAGGGAUCACAUUGAUUUUCAGCUAAUUCUCGCUGAACAACUCUUUUCCGCCAACUAUCCGGACGAGGUGGAAUUGUGCAGAGAAGCCUAUUACAAAGCACAAAACACGGAGGAAAUAGGCACUUAUAUCGCGUGUAUCCGGCACAUUUUCGGGGAUAGAACUGAUUUCGGAAAAGUUCGGAUCAUGAAGAAGGUGGGAUUAGAUAACUGUGAACACAGUAACCUAAUCGGGUCGCAGGGGACAGGAUGGUCUCGCGACGAUUGGCUGACCAGUGGGAUGUGGAAUGCGGAACGGGAUUUCAUACUCCACGGAUGGAAAACUAAGAAUGGCCAGUUACCUCCAAAUGGGACAUUCGGGUGAGUAGUUUUUUGGUUUUUAUCCCCCCUUUCCCUGCUCAAUGAGCCAUUUCAGUCCGAUUCCUAUGAACUACGCGCAUUGGUACAAUCCACUGGCUGGGCCAAUUGACCUGCAGAAAUGUUAUCCAGGGUCUGAUUAUCCCUCCUUUUACUAAACCUCCAAUGUUUUUAAGGAAUACCACUUGGGCCUACAAUCGCCGACUUUUGGGUGACAAGAGAAGAAUUGAGGAGAAACUGGGAGAGUACGCGAGGAAAAUUGAACGGAACAAGAUGAAAUCCAUAGGGAAACUGCAUCAAAUUCUGGAAAGGACCUAG